CCCUUGCCCUUUACACCAUCAGCAAAUUCACAUCUUCAUAUUUGAGACCCAAAACACCGCGUAAAAAUUGGAGAGAGUAGAGGAUCACCACGGACCAAAACCAUGGCCCCGCUCCCAGUUGAAGUGUUCUUGCGCGGCAUUCCCGCGUCCUUUCAAUGGCCUGUCAAGUUCUGUGCCUCGACUACCUUUGUCUUGUACAUACUCUCCCUAUUGACAGGAAACGCGUCGCAAGUCGACAGAGUCUGGACGUUCCUACCAACUAUUUACACGGCAUAUUUCGCACUCCUGCCCCUUUGGCCAAGCCAUGCCGUCAUGCCGCUCUGGCCCUAUACGCCGGAGACGGUGCAUCCAGCGGUUGCAACAAUUUACAGCCCGAGAGCUCUUUUGAUGUUUGGCCUGGUUUUGCUCUGGAUGUGUCGCUUGUCUUACAACACAUGGAGAAGAGGGCUCUUCAACCUUCACGAUGAGGAUUACCGUUGGCAAAUAGUUCGCAGCAAGAUUCCAAAAUGGCUGUUCCAGGUGUUCAACCUUACCUUCAUAGCUAUCAUCCAGAACAUUAUCCUGUUCCUGCUCGGGGUGCCCACUCAUGUCGCAGCCUUCCAACAACCAUCUGAGCUCAGCACCUCGGAUUAUAUCUUGGGUACGCUCGGACUAGUUGACCUAGCGCUCGAGUUUGUCGCAGACAACCAGCAAUACUCCUUCCAAACGUACAAACACUCUGGCGUCCAUGAGAAGAACGAAUGGCCCGGGGCGCGCAUCAAGUGGACACAACGCGACGCACAGCGUGGGUUCAUCACGCGUGGGCUUUGGGCAUGGUCACGGCACCCGAAUUUCCUCUGUGAGCAGACGUUCUGGGCCAUCAUUACGCUGUUCCCGUUGCUCGCUCCUGAGUCGCCCAAGCUAGCGCUCCCGCUGACGUCCAUCACGGAGCUCUGGCCGCUUGCGCCAAGUCUCGUGCUCUGCAUACUCUUCUACUCAUCGACGCGCUUCACCGAGAGCAUUUCGCUCUCCAAGUACCCCAAGGCGUAUUCUGCCUACCAGGCGCGCGUCGCCAUGUUCGUGCCAUUCUUCACGCCCGUCUGGGGUCUGUGGCUGCAGCUGUUAGGCAAGAAGGAGACGGUCGACGAGGUGCUCUUCGGACAGGGCAAGGUGGAGGGGAAGAAGACUGAUUAAGCACUCAGAAUGGACAUGGACGUUUCGCGUAUGGUAUUGCAUCUUGUAUUUCUUGGAGAACACAAUGUUGAUUCGUGGAUCAGCGCG